AUGGCAGUGGUCAGCAGAGUCUCUGUCCCCGAUUUGCGCCAUGUGGGCUUGGGUGCAACUAUUCAGUCCACAGGCUCAUCGCCAGCCAGCAGCACACCUCUCGCUUGUGGCUUCGAUGGGACCAUGUCCAUAGGCCGCUCCAGUGGCCUUCGCACCGAACCGCUGACCCGGGAAAACCUCGCCUCUCUUCCGAACAACGGCAACAUCACCCUCCCUGGUCGGUUGCAAUCUCAAAUGCGGAUGGACUCUCGGCGCGGUGCUCUUCCAGGUGGAUCAGCGCUCGAACGUGUAGCUACUUUCGACAGCUGUAGAGCUUCCAUCUUGACUGAUAGCACCGAAUUUAGCACCUCGAGCACCAUUAAUCGAGGAUAUGCAGCCCGCAUCGAUGUCAAAGGUAAAGUCAAGCCCUUGUCUUCUACACCUGAAAGACACGCUUGCCAGACCAUCGCCUUUCUCGAAGGUCCCUCAGACUCGAUCGAUUACAAGACCUAUCGACCUGGAGAUGAGAUCAAGGGCGCCGUUCACCUCCUUCGCAACGACCCGGAGCGUGGCAUUAUCACUGGCGUCAAGGCUCGCAUUCGAGGCGACCUCGAGACCAGCGUCUUUGGCGUAGGCGACUCGAGCUACUACUCGAUGGAUAACGAGCAUGGCAUCGCCCGUCGUCAGCUCCUCUUUUUCUCCGAGCAAAAGACCCUCGUCACCAAAGCUGACCUCGAGUCGGGUGCCUUUGAACUCGAACAGACCGGCCUUGUAGACCAUGGACGACGCAACAACCUCGCUGUGCCUUUUAGCUUUGUUCUACCCCUCAAGCUACACGCUUCAGCACUCGACAUGCUCGACAGCAAGCUCAAGAAGACAUUCAAGCAAGGCAAAAAGUACAUCGAUCUGCCACCUUCCAUCGACAUGGAGACUCGCUACGCUCCUCCUAAACCGAAUCAGCUCUUUGGCCAGGUCAGAGACAAGCUGCAUGGUCAAAAGCUGCGACCCAUGGCACGCAUCAAGUACGAGAUCGAUAUCAUUGUCAGCAGGCAGCGUUUCGGAUCGGUGCUGCUGCCACACAAACGAGGCGAGCGCAUCAUCUUGGCAUUUGCUGUCGAGCCGUAUCCUCCGCGCACCGCCGGUCUUGCCGUGCCAACGCUCGAACCCAUCCGCGCCCGCCGUGUGACGUCGCGAGGUGAUCGCGACGUAUCGACCGAACGCAACGCUUCAACUGACACUGCCUCUAUCCAUUCAGCUGAUUCGCAAGAGAAUGAAACCGUCGAUGAGGAUGAGGAUUCGUGGGCUUCGGAUCUCGGUGGCUUUCGGCCCACACAGGAAGUGUUCGGUGCCCUACCACUCGAAGCUGCCCCAGCCUUUGCACCAAGUUCCAUUGCCCGCUCCAUCUCCAGGCCAGGUCUUCCCGGCUGUCGACGCAAGAGUUACAUCAACGUCAAAGAAGGCGUAGACGGUCGCAUGAAGGGCUGGCUGACGCACUCGCUCGAAAGCACACUGCAUGGAGGCCGUGGCUCUUUCGAAGCCAUUCUUUCGGUGCCUGCGAUGGCGGCUCUCUACAUGGAGACCAAGAUCCCGUUCAGCUUGGAGCUGCGUAUGCCUCAACAUCUCGUCGGAUCUUACGAGCCGCAGGUCGAGUUGGCGCUUGUUCGAUCCGUUAUGACCUACUCGCGACUCGGUACGCUGGUCAUCGAAAAGGAAGACCCAGACAACCUUUCCGGCUUCAGCGGUCCACACUCCUGGUCCGAGCGCAUCCGUAUCGUCAACAUGGAGCGUCAAGCAGAUGACCACCUGCCGCCUUUCUACGAGCAGGGUCAGGCAAGGCAGAUCUACACAGGCAACUUUGCCAUUGGUCGCUACGAAAAGAUGAUCAAGGCGGGUUCGUCGGCGCCGCUCAAGCAGAAACUGAUCCAGGAACCGGAGCUGCGCUUGGUCGUACCGAGUUUUUCAUUCAAGGCGUUGAGAAUCGAGUAUAGGCUGAGAGUGAAAAUCUCGUUGCCUGGUAAGGAAGAACUGCAAGCAUCGACUUCGUCCUCGUCGCCAGCAGCUGCAGAGAAGCAUUUGGUGAUGGAGACUCCUCCUGUGCACGUUGCGGCCAAUCCAGAUACGGUCGAUUUCACACGCCAGCAGGUGGCCGAGCCGCUGGAUGACGAGUCACUGUCCACCGUCGACCUGCUGGAUGAGGACGAAGAGCGAAUGCUCGAGGCUUCCGCUUCUCGAUUCAUGCGUCGCCCCUUUACACCGUCUUGGCCUAUUCCUGCUGCUGCUGAUGAGGAGGACGAAGAUGUUUCAGCCCAAGCCACGCCUUUGGCGCGAACACCACGUCGACGUUCACUCGACCUUGCAGCACUCACCAAUCUUAGCGCCGCCAACACCCAGAAUUGCUCGAAUUCUUCGAGCUCUCCCGCGCUCGAAGUACCCUCCCUGGACCCCAUCCCGGACGAAGCCGACGUCGAUGACCAAGACCAAUUGACCGAACACCUCGCGUUGGGUCUCAUCGAUCGCGAACAUGCUGCUGCCGUCGUAGCCGCUCGAACUACGCACAGAGCCGCAAUCGCCACGAGUCAGGCCCUGCCGAGUUACUCGGAUAGUAUUACCAUCCUCGGUUGA